AUGGCAAACCCGAUCUCUCAUAUGUCAACCAUUAUGCUACUUCUUGCAGCCCUGCUGCUUUCAAUCACCCCCACCAUGGAGUGCCUCUGCUCCGACACUAUGGCCACUUCUCUGUCAUCUAGCGGCUUUGCAGUCUUCGCUCAUGCCCUCCAUGUCCAUAACCUCACCGCCAUCAUCACUGCCUCCAAUGCCACCGGCAUCACCUUUCUUGCACCACCUGAUUCUGCCCUUAUUAACGGAUUCCUCCACAAUGAAAGCCUUCAUGGCCACAUUACAACUGCAGGAGUCCUCCAUUUCCACACCCUUCUCACCUUCCCGUCCAACACCACCCUCCCCACUCUCCAUCAAAACACCACCCUUGUUGUUGACACCGAUGGCCAUAGAGUUUCUUUAAAUGACGUUCUUGUUACUGUCCCUAAUCUUUACGUUGAUGGUUCUUGUGCUGUCCAUGGUGUUGAUGGACCUUUGGUACCAAUUCCUUCACUGUUAGAUGAUUCUGUGAAUCCAAGAACCGAGGCUUUGCCAUCUCAAGUGGCUCCAAAGAAGCAUCGAGCACGAAAGAUGUCGAAUUAUAUCAGGUUCAUUCGCCGGGCAAAUCGUCCAAAUCUUAGUGAUGAGGGGAGUGACACCAAUAUUCAUCCUUAA